AUGCUCUCCGAACGCAAACAAUGUUACUGUCAUCCGUCGUCUGAGGAUAAUCGCAACACGGGUCCAACCAUGGCGGAAGUGGAAUUUUGUGAAUGGUCAAAACAACAUCCGCAGCACACGGAUCACCUGGCAGAUGUCAGCGAACAGCUGGCUGACCUUAAAAUGUUUGAUCCCACGGAAUCGCCCACUGCUCGCAAGCGCCCAAGUUUCGUCGGCUCCGUAAUCAGUGUGUUUAGCAACUGGAUCAACAUACCCACCCGUUACGGAACCAAACCCGUCGUCGUGCAAACUUCCGAAAAAGAUCAACAUGUUGAGAAACCGUUCAUCCCUUCGACACCCUGCAUACCGAUAUUCGAAACGAACAAGAUGGGCAAGAGUCAGCUGACGGUACCGUUGGACUACGGUUGCACGGUCGACGAUAUUGCCAUGACCCCGGCAGGCGUUUACGUGGAGGAACUGGCGCACAGUGAACAAAGCGCCCUGCGUCCGCGGCGUGUUCGCAAGCGACGAAAGGAACCAUCCAAAGCGAACCAACAUACGCACGUGGGCAGUGACGCCAGUGGCAAAGGCUGUGGUAAAAAUCGAAAGGACAAAAAACGUCACGCACUGCGAAGAGACAUACUGAACGAUAAUCUGGCCCUAUCGAUCGACGAUUGCAGCUACGGUUAUGAUUACCGGGAGGGCGGGAUGCCGAUGCGCACUGCAAUGGAUGUACAAUCGUUGUCUCAACGAUGCCUAUCGGCAGGUUUCAGUCCCGCAUCGACUGGCAGUGUGGGAAGCUUCCAAGAUGCGUUGCAAGACAUUGGUCCGGAGGAAAGUUUGCUUCCUCGUGCGUCUUCCGACAACGUGCGAGCUGUCCCGGUUGCGCCCUGCAAUCCACAACAAAUCCACCCUGCCAAAGAAACGCCCCUACCGGACACGGGGAGCACGAUCACCGAUCGGGAGAAAGAAAAAUGUGAUAUUGAUGCUAACCGUGCAGAGUUUGUAGUGUUAACGGAAUUCGACGUGUUCACGACACCAUCGGCCAGCCCCGCUCGACGUCCGCGUCCUCGUAACCUAUGCAUGGCUAUCAGCUACGUGUGGCGCGGUGAUAAGGGCGAGGAAGAUGAUCAGAGUGAUUACACUAGCGAUGACCUUACGGAGGACGACGGUGAAGAUGGCAAUAGUUUGGAUGGAUCCGAUGGGUUUGAAUAUGAUGUUGACGAUGAUGACGACAGUGUCGUGUUCCGUGAGGAUUACGACGACCUGAACGAUGAUUCUAACUCAUCGUCUGGAUUCGAGGAGAAGAAGGUGCGCUUCAACUUGAAACCGGUGGUGCACGUCAUGCGAGCCUGGGACUUUGCCUACCGUCAGGCACGCAAAGGGGAUUGGGAGAUGGCAGCGCGAGACAGUGAGCGAUUCCGGAAGCGAAUCACAGACCUAGAACCGGUGCUAGGACCAGCACUACAGCCAGCGUUACGUGAUAAAAUUUAUGCCGAACGGUUUAGCGGGCAGGAACAUACGCGCAAGAUCUUAAAUUAA